AACCAAAAUCAUCCUAUGUAAAUUACAGUUGCUCCCAGCGGUGACCAUCUUAUAUCGCUGAUCGAUGAAAUCACCUACGCCUCACCACCGGCGCCGCUGCUCUCACAAAUGAACGACGUCUCACCGGAACUCUUCUGCAAUGGCGACAAUCGGCCGGCAAAUUGUGCCAAUAACUGUCAGUGCGUACAUAAAGUAGACAUACCACUUGGAGCUGUCGUCGAAGUGGUGCUUGUGGAUGAAGUACAGCAAACUAAUCUCAGUCAUCCAUUUCAUUUACAUGGUUCACCCUAUUACGUUGUCGGUCUGGGACGUUCACCGGAUCAAAAUAUAAAGAAGAUUAAUCUAAAACAUGCUUUGGAUUUGGAUCGAUUGGGUAUGCUAGAGCGUGAUUUCACCAAACCGACACUCAAGGACACCAUUGCCGUGCCAAAUAACGGUUAUGUAAUUCUACGAUUUCGUGCCAGCAAUCCCGGCUUUUGGCUCUUCCAUUGUCAUUUCCUCUUCCAUGUAGCGAUUGGCAUGAAUUUAAUAUUUCAUAUAGGCACACAAGAAGAUUUGCCACCAGUACCGCCGAAUUUUCCACGUUGCGGCGAUCACUUGCCACCCAUACAGUACUUUUGAGUGGCCAAGUUUUGGAGCAGAAGAGGAGUAGUUAGUAAAGUAGCUAUGCGUGAGCUGCGUAAAUGGCAUAAGGAGCCACUAAAGCGUCGAGAUGUGCCAGUCUACUACUUUUGUUGGUUAUUAUUGUAAAUAGCAAAAUUUUAGCCGGAACCACAACAAAAGUCUAUACCUACA